UCGGUAACCGCGGUAAUACAUCGUGCAGAAGAAGCUAGAAUAACCGGGACUAACGGACCUUUUGCGUUAGCUUGUUUUUUUUGUUGUUGCUGUUUUUUUGAGUAGCUGACAAAUUAAACGCGCGUUACAUCUGACGUAAUAUGACGUGUCCCAAGUGUUAGCAGGUUAGCAGGGCACCACUAAUACAUGACCUUUUUAUUAUUAUUAUUAUUAUUAUUAUUAUUAUUAUUUGAAAGGCAGCAUCGUGCUUUAGCUGCUCGGCGUUGACUAACGCCGGCUGCUUUCUCCGCUGUUGUCUUGUUAGCGGGUCGCCAGGAGGCUUUGCGGUUAUUCGGGCUCGCUGUUGUGACGCACCAGUUUUUUUUUGGAGCGUCUCGUGAAAAAGUCUCGUUGAAGCGUCACACGUGACGUUGACUCUUUUGCAGCAUGUUUCGUUUUCCCGUCGUGAGCCGGAGCGUGUUUCCCGCGGCGAUCGUCAGAGGAAGGGCGAACAAAGGUAACACGCAAAACGGACCUGCGGAUUCGCCGAUCACGCGCACGCACGCACGUGCAUGUUGCAUCUCAACACAAACACCCAUGUUGCGUUCGAGCAACGGAAGCCUUGUCACUUUAGCUCCACCGAUGGAUUAUAGGCAGGAUUACAGAUUUACCAGAAACCACAUCUGGUGCCAGGCUGUUACUGUCUCGGUUCAGCCAAUAGUUCCAAGUGGCCAUCGUUUAAUAACACAGAGGUUUCAUUAAAUUGGGUUCUUUGGUGAAAUGAACAGGGAAGAUUUAAACGAAAGGAUGUUUCUAAAUCUUUUUUGUCUGGAGCAGCAGCAGCAGCCGCCGCCACCAACCUCGUGGAGGUGUUCGUGGAUGGGGACCCCAUCAUGGUGGAGCCCGGGACAACUGUGCUGCAGCCAGCAAGAUGUACUUACUUACCUUGUAUAACUUGAAGUAAUCCAUGAUAAUCUUUCAUUCAUCUUGAAGCCGGUGGCAGCUUGUGCGAUGCCAGUCAUGAAGGGCUGGAACAUUUUAACCAACUCUGAGAAAACCAGAAAGGCAAGAGAGGGUGUGAUGGAGUUCCUACUGGCUAACCACCCGUUAGAUUGCCCCAUCUGUGAUCAGGGUGGAGAAUGUGAUCUACAGGACCAGUCCAUGCAGUUUGGCAGCGACAGGAGCCGCUUCACCGAGGGCAAAAGGGCUGUGGAAGACAAGAACAUCGGCCCUCUUAUCAAAACCAUCAUGACUCGCUGCAUCCAGUGCACUCGCUGUGUGCGCUUUGCCAGUGAGAUUGCGGGUGUGGAGGACCUGGGCACCACUGGCAGAGGGAAUGACCUGCAGAUCGGGACCUAUGUGGAGAAGAUGUUCAUGUCGGAGUUGUCUGGGAAUGUCAUUGACAUAUGCCCUGUGGGCGCCCUGACCUCCAAACCAUAUGCAUUCACGGCUCGCCCUUGGGAGACGAGAAAGACCGAAUCCAUCGAUGUUCUGGACGCCGUGGGUAGUAACAUUGUGGUGACCACUCGUGGGGGCGAGGUGAUGAGAAUCUUGCCUCGUCUUAAUGAGGACGUUAAUGAGGAGUGGAUCUCGGACAAAACUAGGUUCGCGUAUGACGGACUCAAACGGCAGAGGCUCACUCAGCCGAUGGUUAAAAGCCAGUCCGGGGAGUUGGUUCCCACAACCUGGGAAGAUGUGCUCCCCCGAGUCGCCGGAGCGCUGCAAGGAGUUGAAGGAAAUGCUGUCGCUGCCAUCGUCGGAGGCUUGGUGGAUGCAGAGGCUCUCGUUUGCCUGAAGGAUUUGCUGAACCGUUUGAAUAGUGACAGCCUAUGCACUGAAGAGGUGUUCCCACUAGCUGGAGCCGGGAGUGACCUGCGUUCCAACUAUCUAUUAAACACUGGGAUCGCUGGCAUUGAAGAAGCCGACCUGAUGCUCCUGGUUGGUACAAACCCGCGCUACGAGGCCCCGCUCAUCAAUGCACGGAUCAGAAAAAGCUGGCUUCACAAUGAGUUGCAAGUGGCACUUUUGGGUACGAAAGUGGACCUCAGUUACACAUACGAUCAUCUUGGGGAGUCCACCUCAGUUCUUCGAGAAAUCGCGUCAGGAACUCACCCGUUCUCCGAGGUCUUAGCCAAAGCCAAGCAUCCUGUUGUUGUGGUCGGUAGCAGCUGUCUGCAGACAGAGGACGGCGCUGCGAUAAUGGCUGCUGUGUCGAGCAUUGCUCAGAACGCUUGCAUCAGCAGUGGCGCUGAGAAAACCUGGAAGGUUCUCAAUGUGCUUCACAGGGUUGCCAGUCAAGUGGCUGCACUUGAUCUUGGAUACGAACCAGGUGUGGAUGCGAUCAGAAAGAACCCGCCCCAAGUGCUGUUCCUACUGGGAGCAGAUGCUGGCUGCAUUACUCGCCAAGACCUCCCUAAGGAUAGCUUCGUUAUUUAUCAAGGUCACCAUGGCGAUGUUGGGGCAUCAAUGGCUGAUAUCAUACUUCCUGGAGCUGCGUACACUGAGAAAUGUAGCACCUAUGUGAACACUGAGGGCCGUGCCCAGCAGACCAAAGUGGCUGUGACUCCCCCGGGCAUGGCAAGGGAUGACUGGAAGAUCAUCAGGGCCAUAUCUGAGCUUGCUGGUGUACCGCUGCCGUAUGAGACCCUUGAUGAAGUGCGUGACAGAAUGGCAGAGGUUUCCCCAAAUCUGGUGCGAUAUGAUGAUGUCGAGGAGGCCAACUACUUUAAGCAGGCUUUUGAGCUGUCUAAGGCAGUGGACCAGACCGGCCUUACCGGACCUUUAGUCCCUCCACAGCUCACUGUGAAGGACUUCUAUAUGACAGAUCCAAUAAGCAGAGCCUCCCAGACAAUGGCAAAGUGUGUGAAAGCUGUCAGGGAGGGAGCACAAGCUGUGGACGAGCCAGCCAUAUGCUAAAAGGCAAUGGAUAACUAUCCAAUCCUUUUAAAAAUGUUAUAUAUAUAUGUACGCACAACUCCGCUAUUUGCACACUUCUUGAAUUGUUUAUUUGCACUGUUUUAUUAUAGUUGGUGUCUCAUCAUCUAUGCAAAUUUUAAAAACAGUUUAUUACCUGCAGAGUGAAUGUGUAAGCUAAUUUACCAAAUUUCAAACUAUGCCCUCCUAAGUUUGUUUUCACCUAUGACUUUUUAGUAGGUGUAACUAAAGGUUUACAAUCAAAUGUAGUAUGUUGUCUCACAUUAAAAGUGUUAACAUUAUAUUUUUACUAAAGGCAUAUGAAGGUA